AAACAAAAAAAUAAAAAUAAAAGCAACAGAAAUUCCUCAGUCGCUUAAGCUCAGUUCCUUCCUUCCACACUGCUCCAAACUGUCGGCACUUUCCCGCCUCGAUUUUCACGCGCCGCCGUGAAAUCAGUUGCUGCGCUUUGCCCCACAUUAUGGAGAGCCUCUGUUGCCUUCUCGUUUUCUGCAUUCUGCUCGGCUCCGCCGCCGCGGCGGGGGACCUGCAUUGGUCCCCGGCGACGGCGACGUGGUACGGCAGCCCCGAGGGCGACGGCAGCGACGGAGGCGCGUGCGGCUACGGAUCGCUGGUGGACGUGAAGCCGUUCCGCGCGCGCGUCGGCGCGGUGAGCCCGGUGCUCUUCAAGGGCGGCGAGGGCUGCGGCGCCUGCUACAAGGUGCGGUGCCUCGACCGCUCGAUCUGCUCGCGCCGCGCGGUCACCGUCAUCAUCACCGACGAGUGCCCCGGCGGCUACUGCUCCGGCGGCCGCACGCACUUCGACCUCAGCGGCGCCGCCUUCGGCAGGAUGGCCGUCUCCGGCAACGGCGGCCAGCUCCGCAACCGCGGUGAGAUCCCCGUCAUCUUCCGGAGAACUCCGUGUAAGUAUCCUGGGAAAAACAUCGCGUUUCACGUUAACGAAGGAUCGACUAAUUAUUGGCUCUCAUUAUUGGUCGAAUUCGAGGGUGGCGAUGGCGAUGUAGGAUCCAUGCACAUAAGAGAGGCGAACUCGAACCAAUGGCUAGAGAUGACUCAUAUAUGGGGUGCGAGUUGGUGCAUCAUCGCCGGCCCUCUACAAGGGCCAUUCUCCGUUCGGCUAACCACCUUAUCCACCGGAAAAACCUUGUCCGCGAGGGAAGUAAUCCCUCGGAAUUGGGCUCCGAAGGCUACCUACACCUCCCGCCUCAAUUUCAACAAUUGACCUUCUAGUAACGCUUUAUACCAAGUUUAAAGUAAAAAUCCUAUAUAUUUAGUAUUUCAUAUAGCGUCUAAAGUUAAAUAGUGUGAUUCUAAUCCACUUCAAAAGUAAAAGUAGCCAAGAAAAAUUGCAAUCCCUAGCUAUGGCUAACUUUUUCUUUUUUGCCCAUCUUUAGACGAGCAAUUUAUGUUCUAGUUUCGUGAUUUAUUCGAUCUGCACGUACUGAAUUUAUUGUACGGUAGCAUGAAUCGAUAAAAUAAAACACGAAAUGGAGGCAUGGAGAGGAUUAGAGCUUUUUUUUUUUUUUUUUUUUUGUCUUCGUUUUUUUGCCCCUACUAUGUGUAGUGUGUGAAGCAUUGUAAGUGUUACUAGUGUAUGUAGCCCUCUCCAAAGGAGAGAGUGCGGUGGGAAGUGGGGUUUUAGGUAUAAAAUCUAGUUUGUGAGUGGUGUUGCUUUUUUGCAUUGAGUGAGGGCACAAGUUAUGGUUGUAUGUUGUUUCAUUGCAAUAUAAUAUAUAUAAAUAGUGAUAUUUGUUUUUA